UUAAACAGGGGAGAUGCAAAACUUCUCUUUUCGGCAGCAAAUGAUGGUGCUAUUAUAGCUUGGGGCUCUGGAGGUGCAGUACAUGAUAGGAUUCCAGUAAGUUUGAAUAUAUAUAUAAAGGUGUUUUUUUUUACCAACUAAUUUGCAUGUUAUUUUAUAAAGAAAUAAAUGUUGCAAUGAGAUGUAAGUUGAUAGUUUUUCAGUAAAUUUUUUCACUGGUAUUUCAACAUUCUGUCUUUGGGAAAUCAGUGGUAAUGGGGCUGUACAUAACUAGGUUAUUUUCCUCAAUGAUAAUCAUGCAAGAUUUUUCUUUAUUGGUUGAUUAGGAGAGUCUAGUUAUUUACUCAAACAAAAUGCUUAAGUUGAUAAUAUUCUUAAUCAAUGUUACCUAUUUUCCUGACAGUAUAUGAAAUAUUUGAGGAUAAUUUAUGUCUAAUUAUAUUGCAAAGAGUCAAAGUGGUAAAAAAUUAAAAGGUAGUUGUACUGACUCCUUGUGGUGAUCAAUCAGUGAUUUCUCCCUUCAGUAUGAAUACAUUGACAAGUAAACAGGUGAUGAGAAUUUCAAGAUAUCAAAUGUGGAUAUUAUUUAUGUGGAUUUAUCUAACCCUAAGCAAUUUCUCAGAACUAACAUCAUAAGAGAGGUUUGACAGACAGAAGAGAGAAUUAAUAUUUGAUAUCGUAAGAGUGAAAGGAUGAGUGGGUAAACAGAGAAAGAGAGCUGUUUAUUUAUUUAAUGAAUUUUUUACCAAUGAUUAUUCUUUUAGAUUGGAUCUCCAGUGUACUGCAUGGCAUGGAAUGUAAGGAGAAACCAAAUAGUUGCAGCUGUGGAUUCAACAGUCCAAGUAUUCAACAUGAGAGAUCCAGGUAAUUUUAUGAAUAAGAAGAAAAUGAAUGAUCAUCUGGCCCAUUCUGCCCUGCUAGUGCUUUGAUAGUCUGUAAGUUGUGACCCAAAACCAGAUAUUUUCCCUUUAAGCCCUCCCUCUCAGUUAAUUAGUUCACCUCAAUUGAACUCUUGGAAGGAAUGUUUUAAUUUUCCUUUUUAAAAACUUAUUAAGCUUUUUGAGAUCCCCAGCCCCUUCCAUCCCCCUCUCCUUCCAUUCCUCCUCCAUCUCCCAUCUCCCACCACCCCCCUUCCAUGACCCCUCCAUCCCUCUCCAUCUCCCCUUCAUGUACCCAUCUUCCUCCAUCCCCUAUCUCCCCCCCCCCUUCUGAUACCUCCCAAACUAUGACCCUCCUUAGGGUGGGUAUGUGGGUAUUUCCUUUGCUCAUUUUUUAAUUAAGUAUAUUGAUUGAAGCUUACUGCUAAUUGUAGUACUUUCAUUCAUUUUGGAUUUCAGGAAGAGAAAUUGGACAUGUAAUAGACACAAAGGGUAGGCUGGUACAUUUAUGAUAUUAGACAGUAAUUUGGAGAAAUCAUGUUAUUAAAAAGUACUAUCUUUUUGUAUUCUAUUUACACUCAUCAUGCUUUCAACAUUGCUGAUCCUAGCAUUGUGUAGGAUUUGUCACAUAUGAUCCUGCUGACAGCCUUUCUCUCCCUCAAGUUCUCUGUACUUGUAGCCCAGAAGUAAAGCAUGGAAGUGCAGAAUGCUAAGGUCUGGGGCUUGAUUCCUGAUAAGGACUUAGAUCUUUUUCUUUCUCUUUUGUUCACAGUGAGACAAGUAACAUCUUUUUUAAGUUUGGUGUUCUUCGUAAUAGUUCAGCUACUAAUUUGUAUAUCUUUUUCAGCCUAUGUCUGUAAGGAACAUUCAGAUCUUGUGAAAUGUGUAGUUUGUCAUGAAUCAAGAGUUUACAGUGGAGGGUAUGUUUAGAUUGAAUAACAUUUAACUAACAUUACAGAAAGCCAAAACCUGUGUUGUUGAAGGUUUACUUAGAGAAAGAGAAAUGUUAGACUUUUCAAAAACACAGGAAGAUUUCACAGAAGAUAUGUAAAUUUUUAUACAUUUUAAAGGACGUAGUUUAAGAUUGAAAUUUUCAUAACCUAUAACUCCAUUGUAAACUACAUUUAAUUUUGACAAACAAACUACAGAACUAUAUUGACAGGUGAACUGUUGAAAUGUGUAGUCACCUGAAAAAUUACAACAUAUAAUCCCAAUAAGUUUCACCCUACUUUGAUCUUUUUACCCUUUGACCUCCAAGAGUGAAAAGCAUCUUAUUUCUCCCCACAUUAUCUCCCCUGAAUCACACAUCAGGGUUAUGAGAAUACAGAAGAUGAUCACCAACUGAAAAAGCUUUUGAUUGUUAAACAAAUUCUCCUUGUCAGCAUCUGAGGAAAUGUAUACAGAACAGUAUGGAGAAUAUCAAUCAAGUGCAGUUAACUGAUGUUAGGAUGUGAAGGGUUAAAUGCUAUUUUUAAAUCUUCCAAACUGCAUAAUUCUACAAAGUAGUCUUUGAGUAUCAGAGUUACUGGACAGUGUUUGCUCAGAUUGUAUGUGUUUUAUCAAUGUAUUUUACAGGUAUGACCAGAAGUUAGUUGUUUACGAUUCCACUUUUUCAUACAAAGGAAACAAGAGUUUAUCAGUCGUAACAAAGUAAGGUUUGAAAAUCAUUCAGUUUCAAGCUUGUAGACCAUGGUAAAUAAUCUUUUUUCUGGUAGCUCCCUUCUUUCUGUACUUUAGAUGCUAACAAUUUCAGGUUUUGUCAGUCUUGCAUUCUUGUGACCCAUUUCAACAUUUACUCUGAAAUAGGGUUCAAAGUUAUUGGCCAAAAAAAUUGCAUUUAAUUAGGAAAUAAACUGAGUUUGGCCAUAAUUUAGAUUCUGGAUUUUUUCCUAAUGUGCAGAUCAGAGCUUGUAAAUGAAUAUUUAGCAACACUUUAAAAACGUUUUCAUAGCUUAUGACUGUAGGCUUAGAUUCUGUGCAUAUAUUAAUUAAAUGUAUGGCAUAUAUGCAGACUUAGAUUAUUAUAGUCAUACAUUCUGCAAAUUUGUUUUUCAGGGUUAACAAAGCACAUGAUGCAGGAAUAAUCUGCAUGUGCCUGGCACGAGACUCAGACAACAAUACAUGGUAAGUUACAGACUUCAUACAUAUAAAUGGUGAAUUAAUUCGGGCAUCUUAUCAAUUUUAAUUUUGAAUAAGAGUUGUCACAUGUCUAAUUUUGGUUGGGCUUGAAUAAAGACUGUUGUUUCCAUUUAUUGAAUGUACAAUGUAUGAGCAACCUUUUUGUUGAAUUUUUUCAGGGUGUUAAGUGGUGCUUUUGAUAAGGUUGUUAAAGUUUGGUCUCAAGAUGGACAAGUCAUGCAUAAAUUUGAUGGAUUCAGGUACAAGAUCUAAAACAAGAUGAAGUCUCUUUACUGAUACACAGUACAUUUUACUGUUGGCCUUUACUGAGAAUUUAAUUUCAAUUGUGUAUAAAAGAACAAUGUCCCCUAUUUGAUGAAUUCUUGAUUCUCAGAAACUAUCUUUUUAACAAAUUAUUAAAACUUAGGAGUGAUAGGAUCACCUUUUUUUCAAAGAUCCUGAUUUUUACAGAAACAUUGAAGUGGUAUCAAAUUUUAAUAAUUUGACUUUGAACCAGAUGUGUACUUAAGCAAGUCUUUGUACAUCAGUUUCACAUUAUUACCAGAUACCCUCUGUCAGAAAAAAAUUACUGUUUUGAAAGAGCAGCUGACAUAAAGUUCGAAAGAGCGGCUGACAUAAAGUUUAAUGUCUCUGAUUUUUUGUUUACUGGACUGUUUUGCUGUUUGCAGUACUGCAGUUACUGGAGUCUGUUAUGUUAGACCAAUCAAGACUAUCUGGGCAGCAGCAGGCACUGCUGAAGCUGCUAUGUAUGAUCCAAAAUCUGGAGAAAAUGUGAGUCAGUGUCCCCUCCCUCCCCUCUUGUAAAAUUACUCAUUAACAUCUUGUUAAUAUGCCAUAACACAACUUUUUUAUUUGAUCAAGCUUAAGUGAAAUGAAAAUACUUGAGGUGAACAAGAUUCACAUCUCUUGCAGGUGACAGAUUUCAUAGGAACGUUUCAAGAUGAGGAAAGUAAUGGGUACGAGAGAUUAAAGCAAAAUAAAGAGAUUCAAUCACAUUUCAUUGCCAUGAGAACUCAAAUUUCAGAUAAAAAUGUACAGUCUAUCUCUAUGCUGUUUGGAACAAUUCAUUUGUAAUUGGUGAAAGUGUUGUGGUUGUUAUUUUGUGGGAUGUUUACCCAUCUUGAAUUUGUUUCCUCCUUUUUUCUAGUUUUCCUCUGGUGUUAUUUCACUAUAUCUCUGACUUAGGACAUGUAAUAGGUAGGUGCUCUGCACAGUUCCUGUUAUAUCUUUUAACUUACUCAGACUCUAGAAGAUUGUCAGAAAUUGUAAGCUACUGAACUUUAGUGAAGAAUGAGCUGUGAGAAUCACUUCUGUUUAGAUUUUCUUUGUUUCCAUUUGGGUUUCUGAGCUCGUGAUCUCUGAUAAUUAUUCAUGAUUGGCAGCAAAUUGUCAAGGGUAACCCAAUAGAAAUGACAUGUUUACUGUGGAAGGGGCCAGGGUGUGGACAGGAUUUUCUUGAGGAAGGGGGUAGGUCUUGAAGUGACAGCUCACUGGCAGUAAGGGGAAUGCCAGGUUGUUUUAUUGUUAUAAGUUAUCAUUUUUUCUUGACAAGGGGAUGUCAAAUGCACCACAAGGCCCCCUCCCAUCAGCUAUGCUUUAGAAGCAAACUGGAGGGGAGAGUGGCUUGUUUUUUUUAAUUCCUGCGUGACAACUUUGUUCCAACAACCUGAAAGCACGCCAAGUAGACGCAAUAAACUUCACACAUGCGCUGUAGUUUGACAGUUUGACUGCCCAUUAAGUAACAGUUAGGGGAGGACUUGUACCUAGGAUCACAGGGCCCUCAGACUACAAAUAUCAGUGUCUUAACCAUUUGGCCAUGGUGUCUCUGUGAGUUGUGGUGCAUAUGAUUUAUGAUUGAACACUUGAAAUCUUUCAGGAACAAACAGCAGACGACAUCUGAUUGUGUGGAAAUACAAUUCAUCUGGAUGUUUAACAACACUAAAGAACAAGUGUGCAAUGGAGUCUCUUACUUACAGUACGUAAUUUCGCGUUCCAUAUUGAUAUUUUCUGUGGAUAACAACUGAACUAAUAUUUGUCAAAAGAUGAAACCAGUAACCUUGCUCAAGAAGGAGUAAUUUGCAGCUCAGUGGGAGAGCAUCAUAACGCAGAAUCUGAUAGUUCUAGGUUCGAUUCCUCCUAGGGGCUCAGUAAAUUUCUUCGUCCCAUGCUGAUGACGAGGCGAAAAAAAACAUCCUUCUAUAGAUGUCAACAACUUCCGGCAACGUACAAACUUACAGACGAAAUUAACCCUUUACACCCAAAAAUCAGUUAGCACAUUUUCCAAACUGUUCUAUGGUGCUGACAAGAAAACUUGUUCCCUGAUACCUUACACAUGAUAUGCCAUGUUACGGUGAAAGUUUACCUAUCCUUAGCCAUGCUAGGUUACUUAUAUCAUUAUUUUUCGAAAUAUUUUCCAGCUCGGAAAGUUCCCCUUUUGAUAUUCAGUGGAGGUAGUAAUGGUCACGUGUCCAAGUGGGAACGACUUCAGUCAAACAAUUUCAUGUACAGGUAAAUAAAGAUCAUCCUCGCUCUCCCCUCCCUGAAUGUUAUACUCGAAAAUUUAAAAUCAUCUUAAAUAAACGAAUGAAUAAUGAGUAAAAAAUGAAGUGAAAUGAAUGAAUUCAUGAAGAAAUGGAUUUAUAGAUAGAUUCACAGAAAGGGAGAUAUUUUACGAAAUUUUUGUUCAUCGGUUUAUUUUUUUCUUUGUCAGACUCGAGUAAGAGCCACAUGUUUAAAAUGUGAUGUAUGCUAUUAAAAGUAAUAUUUUUUGUGACUUUUCAAUUUUGCUGGGAUGUUUGACAAAUAUAGAGGCCAUCGCGCUAUCACUGGACAUCAUUCGAGCUCUCCUGUGAUUUUCCUUUUGCAUGUUUGUGUUGCGUAUUUGUUAAUAACAGAAAUCUACACGAUGUACUCGAAAACUCUUCGGUCGAUCGAAAGGAAACCUCGGAAGUCUUCGUGUAAUCUCCUGAAAUAGUCUUGACGUCAUUAGAUGUGUAAGGGCCUAUUUACACGGUACGACUUUGUCGCAUGCGACAAGCGUACGACAGGCUUACGACACGAAUUGUUUCGUGUAAAUCAAACCUACAACUCGCUUACGACUCUUAAGUCAUGUCGUAGGCCUGUCGUAAGCUUGUCGCAUGCGACAAAGUCGUGCCGUGUAAAUAGGCCUUAACAUCCAUGCUCUGUGUGUUUUCGUUUACAGCAAAGAGAUAUUCUUACAGAGUGAAGCUAAAUCUCGCUUAGCAGCUCAGAUCGCGGCCAAGUUCGAUUGGCGCAGUCCAAACAGGAGUGCUAGUGGUGAAAACAGGCCGAGACCUUCCUUCCUAAAUACUAUAAACCAGGUAUAUAUCCAAAAGUAACUUUAAAAAGAGGUUUAAAGUCAAGCUGGCUUGUAAAACCAAUCCUGGUGUCGGUUAUCCCAUUGUCAGAAGUAUGAAGCGACUAAGACUAUUGCUACUCCUAUUGAACGCCAGUCCAUCGCGAGUUUUUCGGUUUCAAUUUGUACUCCUGGGCAGAGAGAGGCAUGGUGAGAGUUAAGUGUCUUGCCUCAGAAACACAACACAAUGACACUAACUGGAGUCCAGCGGGCAAACCACGUGAACACCGUGUCGCCCACAACAUGCUACUUGCGUUUGUUAUAAGUAGUUUUAUUACAGUAUUUUGCUUAUUGGUGAAUAAAGAAAACUAAUCUCUCCAGAUGCCCGCCAUAAAAGAACUUGCCAGUAAUUUACCGAACUGAACAACAUAAUCACUUACAAAUUCCCUGGUACUCGCAUUGUUUUCAGCCAUUUCGCUGAUGCCUUAGUUAACCAUACGAGUGAAAAUAUUGAAAGAUAAAAGGAUUUCCCGCCAAAAUGCACGUAUGCCAACGUCAUUAUGGCGGGAAAAUCGCCAGGUAGCUUUGUGGGUUCUACGAUUGUGCGAUUUUAUUUACGAAAAACAUGUACUCGAUUUUAAGCAAGACAUAGCUCUUACAAGACUCUCUAACUUGACAAUUUUGUGUCUUUAAUUCCUUUUAAUGUUUCAGAUGUCGUCUGCUUCUGAACACACCAGCAACAUUUCCCUGUUGAGAUCCGUUUUUGUGGAGAACCUUGAUUUAUUAGUAGUGGCAUCAGAAGACAAUAAUAUUUGUAAGUAAAUGCAAUGUUGAGGGUUGGAUGUUUUAAGGGGACCACCCCGGGUAAAAUUACUUGAAAUUAAAAACAUUAAAUAAGGCUUGACUAUACUUAAAAGUAUUAUAAUUUCAUUGCUGGCGAAAUUUUUUCAGCAGGGUUGUUUUCGUUGCUUUUGCAUUGUUCUACUUAGAUAAAAGUCCGUUCAGCUGAUUCGUACGUUUUACAGUUCAUUGACUUUAACUGAACACUGAAAAGUCCUCCUAUGAAAGUGACCUUCCUAAUAAAAGAAAAGAAUCACCAUUUCAUUUAUAAACAAGUAGAAUUAUGCUUCCUCGUAAAAUUAAGGAUUGAUAUCACUUGUUUUAUCAGAAGUUGCAGAAUUUCUGUAACUUUUAAUAACUUUUAAUAACAGACUUUAGUAACAAGCUGUGUCUUUUGUUCGGACAGAUGUGUGGGGCUUUGACGAGGACGCUGUCAAGGUUCUGGAAAACAUGAGACCUGCAGACGAAAAUCUUAUUUACAAAUACGCAAUUCUGCUCGGUGAAAAGGCCUUCAAGCCUGUGAAAAAAGAUGUAGAGGUACGUGUUAGCCUUUCACAUCCUUACUUCAGGAUGCAUGUUCUUCAUACUGUUUUGUUUGCAUCACCUAAGGUGCUGACAAGGAGAAUUUCUUUGACAAUCAAGAGCUUUUUCAGUUGAUGAUCAUUACCUUCAUUCUCAGGACCUUUUGUGUAAUUCAGGGGUUUUAUUGUUAGGAGAAAUUAGAUGCUGGUCAGCGACAGGAGUUAAAAGGUUAAGAGAUGCACAUCUUCCAUACGCAAAAUGUAUCAUGGGCAGCUCUAUUUUUUUAUUGCGCAUUAUUCAGUUACGCGACAUACAUAUUAAGAAGUUAAAUCUUAGUUUUGUAAGUAUUUACAGUUUGUCUUCUCACAAUAACUAAAUGACAUAUUCCUUAUUUACCACCCAUAUCUACGUCACCUAGAAUCUUAACAUUACUUGUUGUAUCCUUUGGCGAACUGACAAAUAAAUUAAUAAGUAGAUAAGUGGUAGCAAUAUUUAAAACUUCUCACAUAUUAAGCAGAACUUUUGAUAUUAGUAUUCUUGACCCGCAAAUUGGCUUUCCUCCCCUUCUGAUCAUUUCUUCUUGCUGUGUUCACAUAAUAGGCGUUGAAUCUGUCAGAUAUUCUGUUUUGCUUGUUUGUGUUUGGAUAACUUUUUGAGAGCCUGUUUCCAAAUAAUUACUUACUUUGUCUAACUAUGUGUCAUGUUUAUUAACAGGGCUCUAAGGAGCACGAUUCAGUAACCAACAGGGUGGCAGGAUUCAUUUGUAAACACGUGUUCACAGAACAUUCCAGCUGUGUAACCGGGCUGGCUGUUGUGGGGAGAGAGGCUGGGUACAAUACAACAUACUUGGUGAGAUUCAUUUUGUUGUAACUGUUGAUUAAAGUUAAGGUUUUAGGCAAUCCUCAAGAUUAUUUUCCGAUCUAUUCAAGAUAGCAUUCUUGAACGACAGUUUUGUUACACAGCGGGGCGCAAUUGAGAGAGAGAAUAUUCUUGAACAGCGGAACCAUGUUCGAGGCGUUCAGUUAGUAAAUAUAAAAUUGAGCUCGAUGGGCAUAAUGUUAACAGCUGAGCGAUAAAAGGCGCGAGGUUUUCGGUCAGGUGGAAAAAAAAUGUUUGGGAUGAGUCGUGUAACGAUCAAUCACUGAGGUGUACCAGAUUCUGGUCUACUGAAACAAUCUUUUGUUAAGAAGUUUCACCGGCGUAUUACGCGACUCGAUCCAAACCUCCUUACAUUUUUCGCUUUGCCGCUUCUAUGGCGCCGUUUUACUCUCGCGCUUCGUUUUAUCAACUGAAUGCCUGAAACAGGCUAAAGUACUGAUGAAGUAGGAACUUAUGCACUUGAGCGCUGUAACAGCUCAGUUUAUUUUGUACCUUUUCUUCGUCUUUCAGCUUAGUGCUGGCUGGGAUCGACGGAUCUUCUUGUGGGACCUGGAAGCAUCAUGGUAAGACUCGUGAAAUAUGAUCACACCAUUUAAUAUUCCCUUAUAUUAAGAACUUCUAACCCUAAAAUUCUUCCAAAUAACUCAAUUAAUGCUUAUACCUAACUUAUACCUACUUGUCAAGAUUAACAAGCUAUUUGCUGUCGUCCUAGCAUUUUUCUUUGAAAGUUAUCAACAUGAUGUAAAACGAAAUUUUACGUUGCAUUUUGUAUAGUUUUCACGACACAUUCCGCAACACUGAUCCCAGCGCCCUUGAGAGCGAUGAGCUGGCCUCCGAUGGUAUCAUUAUGGACCUAACGUACAGCGCUGAAAGGUAUGACUUGGUAUUCAACGCUCGAUUCAGUAAACGGCAAACUUUCAUUUGAAGAGAGGAGUCAGUCUUAUCCUUCAGUACCUCAAGGUACCUCGGUGACUCUCGGGGAUCGGAUGAUUUAGUGUUAUCGAUUGAGUUUAUAAUGUAAAUUGGUCACCGGGGAUUGGGGCGAGGAACCGGCUGACAUUUUACGCUGGAAAGGAAAGAAGGAGAAAUGUUGGGUUUUGACUGUUGCACUGGACCCCAAUUGAUAGGCCUAAGUUCCAGGCCAAAAGAGUGUCAAAAUAUUGUAAUUUUAGAUUAGGACUACAUAUUGUCAGCUGUCAGCGGAACACGGCAAGGGUAAGGUAUAAUGAGUAAUUGCAAAAAAUUGUACCCCCCCUAGAGGAGGAAAGAGGACUAACGGGGAGGCAAAGAGGCGCUUUCGAACCGCCUCUAUAAGUGUUAGGGACAUCUUAGAAGAACUCUUUUUUGAUGAAACACUUGGGCAGUUUUGGACAACAGCCUUUUUGCGCAUAUCAAGUUCUUUGUAUCCAUGUUAUUCUGCCCUCUGUAGAAAUGAGUUCGCUUAUGCUUCGUCUGACAAGUUGGUGUACAUUAGACAGUUCUCUGACCGCGGUGCAGAAAUGACUUUGUCAGCGGUGUUACAGGGCCACGAGGCUGAAGUUACACAGGUGAGAACGCUUCAAUCAAGACUCGUUGCCAGGUUCCUCUCGGUCUUGGCGUUUAUUCCAAUGGUGUAUUCAGGGUACGGGUUUAGUUUUUAUGAACAUGCAUCGCGUAAUGAUUUCCAACACGUAUCAUUUGCUUCUUAACUAUAUUUAAUCUUUUUGCAGAAAAAAAAUUUAUGUAGUAUAGUUAUUCGAGUCAUCAAGCUGCUAAGCGUUUACGACGACAUUAUUUGUGUGAUCAAGAAUUUUUUACUUGUCGAAAGGUUCGCUGGAAUGCUGUGUUGAGCAAAUGGAUCACGGGCUCAGAAGAUGGAACUAUUCGUAUCUGGGUAAGGUCAUCGUGUACUGUGUGACUGACAUCUUGAAACUGUAUAUUUUGAAGCAGGUGCAAUGGAGCACCAGUAAGUGUGAAAGGACCUAAUAACCUCUUACUGACCGAGUGUGAGAGCCAUACUGGGUAAUAUUGGCCUGAGGCAGUCGUAGCAGUUUGGACCGAGUGCAGCGAGGUCCGUGACAAACGACUGAGGGCUAAUAUUCCCCAGUACGGCUUGUGCAAGCGAGGUAUGGAAGUGGUUUGAUAUAAGGCACUCGCAAAAAAAAACUUGUUUGAUUUGAAAUUGCCGGCUUUUUGGAGCAAAAAUACACGGCUUAUGACCGUUUCCGUGGAAAAGGUCCGUAUGGCAAAAUCCCGACCAGCUAAGAACCAAUCAGAACGCCGAGAUUUACCUCAGGACUACCUUGCCACAUAAUAAACCAGGGCUAUGACUGAUCUUGAAAACUCGCCCCACUCUCUCUUAAUCAACAAAGCGCGAAAUUAAAUCAAUGGCGACUCGGCAACUGCUUGUGAGAGCUUUUAAAUGUUUUUGCUCUGAGUUCUCAUUGGCUGCUUGUGAUAUUUUCCUUUGUGCUGAUUGGCUAUUGCGAUUACUCUGGUUGUGAGAUUAUCAUAGUUCAUCGAAAACCGCUCUGAUUUAUUUGUACUUUUGAUGUUGUUGCUGAUCGCAGAGAGGAGAUGGAAUGGGGUGCGAUGUGGUGCUCACUGCUCAAGGAGCUGUUUCAGCUCUGUGUAUUGAUCAAGUGAACGGCUGUAUUGUGGCUGGAGUCCAAGAAAUCAUCAGGUAAAGAUUUCGUGACAUGUAUGACAAAGAUAUCUUGUCAGAGUGGCCGUUCGUUGUCACGCAAACAGGUAAUGCAAACGUUCAAGAAACAUAUUGGAUGUCUUUUUGUAGUGUCGGAACUGUGUCACGCAAACAGGCCAUGAGAGUGUGUGGCGAAUGUUGCAGCAAAAUUACAGGGGCAAAUGCCACCCAAUCUUUUUUUGUUUCAUUUCCAGGGUUUAUGAUCCAGACACACGCAAGAUUGUGCAGAAGAAUCUUGGACACAGCGAUUCUGUGCGAUGUAUUAUUCAUAUUCCUGAGAGGAGUCAGGUAUUUAUCGUUUUUUUUUACGGUUGUAGUUAUUAGCUUGCUAGGAACUGUAUGGUAUGAUUUUGAGAAUAGGGUACAAACUUCAGGCGUGGAAAUGAGGUUAAGAAUUCUUUGCCUCAAUUUCAUGGUAUUCAGGCCCCAGACCCCUCGCAUGUCAAAUUUUGAAUGUUCUUGGGUAUGCUUUCAAUUUUUAUUGACCCGUUACCUUACGUUGUUCUUUCAGUAUAUUUCCGCUUCUUGGGACAAAACUGUAAGGAUAUGGAACGCAUACAAGAAAAGU